CUUCCAAUCUACAAGAGGAAGUAUUCAGCAGCUAAAUCCAGGAUUGAAAAGAAAAAGAAGGAGAAGGUUCUUGCUACUGUCACAAAACCAGUUGGUGGUGACAAGAAUGGUGGUACCUGAGUGGUUAAACUUCACAAAAUGCCUAGGUAUUAUUCUACUGAAGAUGUGCUACGGAAGCUGUUGAGCCAUGGCAAAAAACCUUUCAGUCAGCCUGUGAGGAAACCGCGAGCUAGCAUCACUGCUGCCAUUUUGGUCAUCCUCACUGAGUGCCACAGAGGCAAGAGGGUGGUUUUCCUGAAGCAACUGAGCAGUGGCUUGCUACUUGUGACUGGACCUCUGCCCCUUACUCGAGUUCCUCUGCGUAGAACACACCAGAAAUUUGUCAUCACCUCCACCAAAAUUGAUAUCAGCAGUGUGAAAAUCCCCGAACACCUCACUGAUGCUUACUUUAAGAAGAAGAAGCUGCAUAAACCCAUACACCAGGAAGGUGAGAUCUUCGGCAUGGAGAAAGAGAAAUACGAGAUUACAGAGCAGCGCAAGGUUGAUCAGAAAGCUGUGGACUCGCAAAUUCUGCCAAAAAUCAAAGCUGUUCCUCAGCUUCAGGGCUACCUCUGCUCUAUGUCUGCUCUCGUGAAUGGCGUUUACCUUCACAAACUGGUGUUCUAA